AGUGCAGUGGCUUCCGGCCAGAGUAGAGUGAAACGCAAUUAUCGUGUUUUCCCCCGUAAAUCAACGGCAGCGAUGGGCAAAGGAGCGGGAGCCUUCGAGCGGCUACUGGACAAGGCAACCAGCCAGCUGCUGCUGGAGACUGACUGGGAGUCCAUCCUGCAGAUCUGUGACCUCAUCCGCCAGGGAGACACCCAGGCCAAGUACGCAGUGAGUGCCAUCAAGAAGAAGGUGAAUGACAAGAACCCGCAUGUGGCGCUGUACGCGCUGGAGGUGCUGGAGUCGGUGGUGAAGAACUGUGGACAGACGGUCCACGACGAGGUGGCCAACAAGCAGACGAUGGAGGAGCUCAAGGACCUCAUCAAGAAGCAGACGGAGACGAGCGUGCGUGAUAAACUCCUGUACCUGAUCCAGGCGUGGGCGCACGCCUUCCGCAACGAGCCCAAGUACAAGGUGGUGCAGGACACCUACCAGAUCAUGAAGAUGGAGGGUCACAGCUUCCCGGAGUUCAAGGAAAGUGACGCCAUGUUUGUGGCCGAGCGGGCUCCUGACUGGGUGGACGCGGAGGAGUGUCACCGGUGCCGAGUGCAGUUCGGGGUCGUGACCCGGAAGCACCACUGCCGUGCUUGCGGGCAGAUCUUCUGCGGCAAGUGCUCCUCCAAAAACUCCACCAUACCCAAGUUCGGCAUCGAAAGGGAGGUGCGCGUUUGCGAGCCCUGCUUCGAGCUCCUCAACAAGAAAGGAGAAGGGAAAGCGCCCCCUGGUGGAUCAGCUGAUCUGCCCCCUGAGUACCUGACCAGUCCCCUGUCGCAGCAGUCUCAGAUGCCCCCUAAAAAGGAUGAGGCGGCCCUGCAGGAGGAGGAGGAGCUGCAGCUGGCCAUUGCGCUGUCACAGAGCGAGGCCGAUGAGAAGGAGAGGAUGAGACAGAAGACCUCGUACUCUGUGUACCCGAAAGCUGAUCCUACUCCGGUCGCGUCUUCAGCCCCUCCUGUGAGCACCCUUUACUCCUCACCCCUGCAGAACUCGUCAGCACCCUCUGCUGAAGAUGUGGACCCAGAGUUGGCCCGCUACUUGAACCGGACAUACUGGGAGAAGAAGCAGGAGGAGGUGCGAAAGAGCCCAACCCCCUCGGCCCCGGCCCCCGUGCCGCUGGCUGAGCCCAUGCCCGUGAGCCAGAUGAGCCAGCCUAUAGAGAGCCACGCCCCAGCUCAGCCAAUCAGCAUUGUGGAGCAGCAGUAUCAGAAUGGCGAGUCGGAGGAGAACCACGAGCAGUUCCUGAAGGCGCUGCAGAAUGCCGUCACCACCUUCCUCAACCGCAUGAAGAGCAACCACAUGCGCGGGCGCAGCAUAACCAACGACAGCGCUGUGCUCUCGCUCUUCCAGUCCAUCAACAACAUGCACCCGCAGCUCCUGGAGCUGCUCAACCAGCUGGACGAAAAGAGGCUUUACUAUGAGGGCCUGCAGGACAAGCUGGCCCAAGUGCGAGAUGCGCGCGCUGCCCUGAAUGCUUUGCGGGAGGAGCACCGCGAGAAACUCCGCCGUGCCGCUGAGGAGGCUGAGCGCCAGAGACAGAUCCAGCUGGCUCAGAAACUGGAGAUCAUGCGACAGAAGAAGCAGGAGUACCUGGAGAUGCAGCGGCAGCUGGCCAUCCAGCGGCUGCAGGAGCAGGAGAAGGAGCGGCAGCUGCGUCUGGAGCAGCAGAAACAAACGAUCCAGAUGCGUGCCCAGAUGCCCGCCUUCCCACUGCCAUACGCACAGAUGCAGUCGCUGCCCCCCAGUGUGGCGGGUGGGGUGGUCUACCCUCCCGCGGGCCCUCCCAGCUACCCCGGCACGUUCAGCCCAUCGGGGUCGGUUGAGGGCUCCCCCAUGCACACGGUCUACAUGAGCCAGGCUGGUCACGCAGGCGGCGCCCCCUACCAGGCCAUGCCGGUGUCUGCUGCUGAACCCGGCAUGGUUAACGCUUACAUGUAUCAGACUCCUGGCUCCAGCAGUCAGCCCGCCCCUCCUGCCCAGGCUCCACCCACCACUAGCCCCGCCUACUCCAGCUACCAGGCCACGGCCACACAGGGCUAUCAGAGUGCCGUGUCCCAAGCCCAGAGCCUGCCUCCCAUGUCCCAGGCACCGCCCACCAAUGGCAUGGGCUACCUGGGCCCACAGGGGGUGCCCAUGGGCUACCAGCCCUACAACAUGCAGAACAUGAUGGCGACGCUCCCCGGGCAGGACCCCAACCUGCCUCCCCAGCAGCCUUACCUGCCCCCCCAGCAGCCCAUGUACCAGCAGAUGGCACCCCCUGGUGGCCAGCAGCAGCAGCAGCCUCCACAAGCUCCACCAGUCACUAGCGAGGCUCAGCUCAUCUCGUUCGACUGAGGGCCAACUGCUCUCCCCAUGGCACCCCCACUUCCAUUCCCACCCCGUCCCCAUCUUGCAGUCCCACACCCAAUACACCCCCAGCGCUUUGCUGCUCCUAGUCAGAAAGCCGCUCCAUCUCCAUCUAUUGGCGUGACCCUCCGUGGAUGAGAAAAUUCACAUGACUGGUCACACUAAUUAAUACUAAAUAAUUAUUUAACAUUUACAUAUGGGGACAACUGGUAGCAUAGUGGUUAGAGGUACUGCCUUAGGAUCCAAAG